AUGCGAGCCGCUCAACUGACCGCUGCCACGGCUGCCUUGCUCGCGCUCCACCUCGGCUCCAGCGCCGCCGACCUCGUCACCUACGACUGGCGGGUCACGAACCUCAACGUCGAGUACGACGGCGUCUUCAUCCACUCGCUCGGAAUCAAUGACAAGCCUGCGGACCAGGCCGUCAUCGACGUGGAGCUUGGCCAAGACGUCGAGGUGCGCGUCACCAAUGAGCUCGACGAGCCCACGUGCCUCCACUGGCACGGCCUCAAGCAGCUCGGCACCCAAGAAAUGGACGGCACGUCGGAAAUCACGCAGUGCCACAUCAGUCCCAACAGCACUGCGGUCUACCGCUUCACGCCCGAUAAGGCCGGCACGUUCUGGUGGCACAGCCAUCACAUGGCCCAGUACGCGUACGGUCUGCGCGGGCCGCUGGUUGUUCACGCCCCUGCGAAUGAACGACAGGACUGGGAAAAGGACAUCGAUGGGGAGUUCGUGAUCCAUAUGGCGGAUCUCUACCACCGCCCGCCGCAGCCUACGCGCAUGUGGGACAACAUCCUGAUCAACAACCGUGGCCGCUACAACUGCAUCGCCGCCGCGCACCACAACUUCACCGGGUGCACCGAGGAGCAGACCCUGUCCAAGUUCAACUUCGUGCCUGGCAACAAGUACCUGCUGCGUCUCAUCAACAUGGCCGCGCUGUCCCCGAUCGUCUUCAGCAUCGACGACCACGAGUUCCAGGUCGUCGCCGCCGACGGUGACCACCUCCAGCCCUCGAAGUUCAUCAACUCGGUCACUCUCAACGCCGGCCAGCGCUACGACAUCGUGGUGCAGGCCAAGGCCGCGGCCGGCCAGAACCAGAAGACGGCCUUCUGGAUGCGCGCGAACGGCCUCCACGGCCUUCCCUGGACGCGCGGAACGGCUGCGAUCGCUGGCGAGGGCUACACGUACGAAGGUCUGGCCAUCAUCUCGUACGGAUCGGAGAGCGAGGCCGAGCCGACGACCACCAAGCAGGCCAACCUGACGACUGUGAACGAGUUCGACUUCAUGCCUCUCGUGCCUAUCGCGCUGCCGGAGACCGCCUCGGACCGCGCCGUGUUCGAGUUCAAGAUGCAGGACGGCAAGGGCCACUUCGCCAUCGACGGCGGUGAGUACCACCACUUCAUGUACCCGGAGGAGCCGCCGCUCUUCUCGAUCGCCGCCGGCAUGAAGACGGAGCAGCUGCCGGUGGAGGCCAACGCGCGCAAGAUCGAGUUCGGCAAGCACAUCGAGGUCGUGCUCGUGAACGUCAAGGACGAGCAGCACCCGUUCCACAUGCACACGCACUCGCCGUGGGUCGUGGGCAGCGGCGUGGCGUCCAUCGACCAGAUCCGCAAGAACCAGCUGCCGGCCCCGCUCAAGCUGCUGAACCCCAUGACGCGCGACGUGUACACGGUGCCGCCCUGCACGUCCGACGGCAACGGCGGCUGCCUGGACGCCGGCUACCUCGUGCUGCGCUUCAACGCUGACAACCCGGGCGUGUGGAUCUUCCACUGCCACAUCGACUGGCACCUCGAGGCCGGCCUCUCCAUGAUCCUCGUGGAGGGCGAGGAGGAGCUGCAGACGAAGGGCGUCAGCGCCUUCUCCAACACGAUCCUCAGCGUCUGCGGCGCCAACAGCAAGUUCCACCCGGGCAACAACGGCACCUCCAUUGCCGUCAACUAG